GCCGACGGAGCCACCAGCGGCAGCGGCGGCCAAGAAGCUUUGCUCGCGCUCCUCUCGCGCCGCAUCAGGGACCAGCCCGGCCGCCCCCGCCAUGGCCAACUUCACCGGCAACUGGAAGAUGCUCAGCUCGGAGAACUUCGAGGAGCUGCUGAAGGCGCUGGGGGUCAACGUGAUGCUUCGGAAGAUUGCGGUGGCUGCGGCCUCCAAACCAGCCGUGGAGAUCAAGCAGGAGGGAUCUUCCUUCUACAUCAAGACCUCCACCACAGUUCGCACCACGGAGAUCCGUUUUGAGAUCGGGGAGGAGUUUGAGGAGCAGACGGUGGAUGGGAGGCCUUGCAAGAGUUUGGCCAAGUGGGAGAACAACAACAAGAUCGUGUGUGAGCAGAAGCUGCUGAAAGGAGAAGGGCCCCAAACAAGCUGGUCCCGGGAACUGACCAAUGACGGGGAGCUCAUCCUGACCAUGAAGGCGGACGACGUGGUCUGCACCCGGAUUUAUGUCCGCGAGUGAAAGGACUCCAGCCAGUGCCAGACACAUGGGGGGGGGAGAGACCGGACAGCCCAGGAGCACCCCUGCCCUGCAGCGCAACGCCAGCCUGCCCUGCUGCCUGAUCCCUGCUUUCUGCUGCGCUCAGAGGCACCGUCUGCAACAAGACUAAACAAAGCUGGUCACGCUCCCCAUUUACCCUGGAGGAGGCGCGCAGAGGCCUGCCUGGUUUAAGCCAUUAACUGUGGAAUCCGGGAUCAGCUUGGGGCGUCAGGACGUGGCCCCCACAAGCUGUAGGCUGUUCCCUCCUCCCCCAUUUGGGGUGGGGCAUGGGGGCUUCCCUGGGCUCCUUGGCCCCUGGCGCCCCCUCCUCCUCUUUGUUCCUGGCCAGUUUGUGCUGCUCCUCGUGCGGAACAAGGAACAAGCAAAGCCACAGAGAUGUCUUGCUGCAGGGACCCCCCCCCUAAGGGCUGGGUCAGACCAACUCUCACCCCCCCCAUCUUCUCCUGUCCUUUUAGCACGAAGUCUGUAACGCCUGUGAAGGCGUCCUCAUUCCCCCAGCCGGCAUUAAAGCUUUUUCCAGCU